AAAUGAAAUUUCUCAUUUGGAUAGGGUAACCUAAUAUUAAAACGUAGACAAAGGGAAAGGGACCAACAUUUGUGUAAUAGAAGGGGCGGAGCCGUUCUCUUCAAACACUCCCCUCCGCUUAACCACACAAGCCAGAGCCGGUGGCGAUAUUUCUCCCCAAAAGAUUAGGGUUUGCCGAACUUGAACAACCAUGGAGAGCGCCUUCGCGAAUGCGUCUGCCAUUUCUGAUCAGAGGCAAAAGAUCGAGCAGUACAAACACAUACUCUCAUCCGUAAUUUCUUCCAACGAUACAACCCAGGCCAAGAAGUUUAUUGACCAUAUGUUAUCUGACGAUGUACCUUUGGUGGUUUCCCGGCAACUACUUCAAACCUUUGCGCAAGAAUUAGGGGGGUUGCAAACGGAUUCUCAGAAAGAGAUUGCCCAUUAUAUCCUUGCGCAGAUUCAGCCUCGGGUUGUUUCGUUUGAGGAACAGGUGCUAAUCAUACGAGAGAAACUUGCGGAAUUGUAUGAAUCUGAACAGCAGUGGUCGAAAGCAGCUCAUAUGCUCAGUGGCAUUGAUCUAGAUUCUGGAAUGAGAAUGAUUGACGAUACGUUCAGGCUAUCAAAAUGUGUCCAAGUAGCUCGCCUGUAUCUUGAGGAUGAUGAUGCUAUUAAUGCAGAAGCUUUUAUCAAUAAGGCCUCAUUCUUGGUUAGCAACAGUCAGCAAGAAGUACUGAACUUACAAUACAAGGUAUGCUAUGCUAGAAUUUUAGACUUGAAGAGGAAGUUCUUGGAAGCAGCAUUGCGUUACUAUGACAUUUCUCAAAUCGAGAAGAGGAAAAUAGGCGAAGAAGAGAUUGAUGAGGAAGCACUGGAACAAGCUCUAUCUGCAGCUGUAACAUGUACAAUUCUAGCUGCUGCAGGACCCCAACGUUCUCGUGUUCUUGCAACUUUAUACAAAGAUGAAAGAUGCUCAAAAUUAAAGAUUUAUCCAAUUCUCCAAAAGGUAUACUUGGAAAGAAUUUUAAGAAAACCCGAAAUUGAUGCAUUUGCUGAAGAAUUAAAAGCACAUCAGAAAGCUAUUUUACCUGACAACUUCACUGUCCUUGAUCGUGCUAUGAUUGAGCAUAAUUUGCUAAGUGCGAGCAAACUGUACACAAACAUAAGCUUCGAUGAGUUGGGCACGUUGCUGGGCAUUGAACCUCAUAAGGCUGAAAAAAUAGCAUCAAGAAUGAUCUAUGAGGACAGAAUGAGAGGAUCAAUUGAUCAGGUGGAAGCUGUCAUACAUUUCGAGGAUGACACAGAAGAACUGCAGCGAUGGGAUCAACAGAUAGCUGGGCUGUGUCAAGCCGUCAAUGAUGUCUUGGACAGCAUGGCAAAGAAGGGAUUGCCGAUUCCAGUUUGAUCUGCUGCAUCUCCAUUCAUGCUUGAAAAGUUUCUUGUCAGCCGGUUUUGGCACUGUAAGGAUUUUUAUGAUCAUUGUCACUGUAUAUUAUGUUACUGGACACUGCCUAGCAAAGCAGUGUUUCCUUUAAUUUGAAAGAAUACUUUUGGUAAUCUUUUCUUCUUCAAUCGAUACAUUUUUCAUUUGUUC